GCUGGUUCUCUCAGAGUGACUGCUUCACUGCUGUGAUCUGUGUGUUUGCUUGACGUUUUAUCGUUUUCCUACGUACAUGAUAAAUAUUUUAUUGACAUGGGUAUUUUAGGCUUGUCGAAAUUAAUAGCAGACGUAGCUCCGGAAGCUAUCAAAGAGCGAGAAUUAAAGCAUUAUUUUGGUCGCAAGAUUGCUAUUGAUGCAUCUAUGUGUUUGUAUCAGUUUCUUAUAGCUGUUCGCAGUGAAGGAGCACAGCUCACUACUGUAGAUGGCGAAACAACCAGCCAUUUAAUGGGUACAUUUUAUCGUACCAUACGCAUGGUAGAGCAAGGAAUAAAACCUGUGUAUGUAUUUGAUGGAAAACCACCGAAUCUGAAAAGUGGAGAAUUAGCUAAAAGAGCUGAAAGAAGGGAUGAAGCACAAAAACUUUUGCAAGCUGCCGAAGAAGAUGGAAAUGUGGAAGCUAUUGACAAGUUUAAUAGGAGAUUAGUUAAAGUUACAAAAAUUCAUGCUGAUGAAGCUAAAGAAUUACUUCAGUUAAUGGGUAUACCUUAUAUUGAUGCUCCUUGCGAGGCUGAAGCACAGUGUGCUGCUUUAGUGAAGGCUGGUAAAGUUUUUGCCACUGCUACAGAGGAUAUGGACGCACUCACUUUUGGAUGCAAUGUGCUACUUCGACGUUUAACCUUUAGCGAAGCCAGAAAGUUACCAGUACAAGAAAUUCAUUUUGAUAAAGUUCUUGCAGGCUUAGAGCUAAAUCAUAAUGAGUUUAUCGAUCUGUGUAUUAUGUUGGGUUGCGAUUAUACAAACAGUAUCAAAGGAGUUGGUCCAAAAAGAGCAAUAGAAUUGAUAAAAAAUCAUAGAUCUCUUGAAAAAAUUAUUGAAAAUCUAGACGUCAAGAAAUAUCCCAUUCCGGAAGAUUGGAAUUACAAAGAUGCAAGAUUAUUGUUUCAAGAGCCAGAAGUGUCUAAUCCAGAUGACAUCCAGUUAAAAUGGUCCGAACCAGAUGAAGAGGGUCUGGUGAAGUUUUUAUGUGGUGACAAGCAGUUUAAUGAGGAACGGGUUAGAAAUGGGGCUAAAAAACUUCACAAGGCUCGAAACACAUCUACACAGGGCCGAUUGGAUUCAUUCUUCAAAGUUUUACCGAACUCAACUCCGACUCCAAAGCGAAAGGCAGAAGAAAAAAAGCUUCCAGCUAAGAAGGCAAAGGCAGCAGGUAACAGUAAAUUUCGCGGUAAAGCAAAGUGAGAGUAAUUUUAUAAAUUUGACAAGAAUGUAUAGUAAUGCUAAUAUUAUAGUGUACUUAUAUCUUAUAUAUCUCAACACAAUG